AUGCCAGAAUCUGAAGCUCGUGUUAAGCUAUGGCAAAUUGUUUCGGCGAUUGAAUACUGUCAUAGUUUGGGAGUUGUUCAUCGAGAUUUAAAGCUUGAAAAUUUAUUGUUGGACAAAAAUUAUAACAUCAAAAUAGUGGAUUUUGGAUUUUCAAAUUUUUAUUCCAAUGAUAAUACGCUAAAAACAUUUUGCGGUUCACCGCCAUAUGCGGCACCAGAAAUUUUUGAAGGUCGUGAAUAUAUUGGACCCGAAGUUGAUAUAUGG